CUGGACAGAGGCAAGUUGCUGCUACUUUUUUUCUUCACACACAUUCGUUUUAUCUCACCUUUACAUUGAUCGGGUUGGAUACCUGAUCGUACGUUCCUUCAAUAGAAACCACGCUCCUUAAAUAAACAAUACCUACACUCUUUUGGCUUUGAAAGCCACCAACUAUCGCGUGAAGUCGACUUGAUCACUGCCAUCUUUGACUCCAAAAGCCACCGCGACGAACAGAAGUCAAGAUGCUGUUCAAAUCAGCCAAAGCAAUUGGUCUCGCUUUCCUAGGAUCGCUCUUCUCGCCCGCAAGCACCACAUUCGUCAUUCAAUGCUACAGUCGUCUCGUCGAUGAGCGUGUUGAUCCAGUCGUCAGUCCUGGAAUUCUCCCUGCAUCUCAUGUGCAUGCGAUUGCUGGCGGUAGUGGUUUCAGCGCCAAUAUGACAUACGCUGAUGCUCGUGCUGCCAAAUGUGGGACUUGCAAUGUGAAGGAGGAUUUGUCAAAUUAUUGGACCCCGAAGCUUUACUACAAGGCUCAGAAUGGUAGUUUCAUUUCUGUACCCAUUAAUGGAGACGACGGAUAUGGAAAUCUUGGGGGAAUGGCUAUUUAUUAUCUCCAACGUCCAGGUCCAGAUAAUGAUCCACUUGUUCCAUUUCCUGAGAAUUUUCGUAUGCUAGCAGGAGAUACAAAUCGACGAAGCUACAAUGACUCUUCCUUCGCAGACCGUGCUGUUAGUUUUCGAUGCACAGGAACUGAUCUUCAAACGAACGGAUUCCCAAACGUAAACUGUCCAGAUGGUCUUCGACUUCAGGUCACAAUGCCGAGUUGUUGGGAUGGUGUUAAUGUAACCUCUUCCGAUUACAAAUCUCACAUGUCGUAUCCUGCGGAUGGUGAUUUUGACGGCGGUCGCUGCCCAGCUUCGCAUCCUCAUCAUAUGAUGACUCUGUUCUUCGAAGUUACGUAUCGUACUGAUCUUUUCGCCAAUGAGUGGUACGGCAAUUCUCAACCUUUUAUCCUUGCUAAUGGUGAUACCACUGGUUAUGGAUUUCACGGUGACUUUGUCAAUGGCUGGGAUAUCCCAACACUCACAAAAGGCAUUAACAACUGCCUUGACGGUGAACCCGACUGUCCAAGCGAGACCUUUACCUUUUACGAACAAUCCGACACUCAAGAAUGCAAACUUGCUCCUCUGAUUAACGAACCUGUGAGCGGUACGCUCUCGGCACUUCCCGGUUGCAAUGCACCUUCUUCAGGUCCGGCGGAAUACAACCCACCAGCUUGUCCUCAAGAUAUAGCUUUAGCAAAGUCACUCCAGACUGCCCCUUCCCGCUUCAACCCCGCCGCCUCCAAGGCUCCCUCGCUCCCAAUCGGCAUCGUCGAUUUGAGUGUCUCCAAAGGCUGGACCUAUCUCGGAUGUGGAACCGACGACGCUGCAAACAGAACCUUGAAUGCCGAUUGGGAAGGAAAUAAUACAAUGACUAUCGAGACUUGUGUGAAUUUCUGUACCUCCAAAGGACAUACAUAUGCAGGAAUGGAAUUCGAAAGUCAAUGUUACUGCGGCAAUUUUCUUUCUGCAGACCGGGCACCUGUGGCUGGUAUGCUAGGUGAUUGUAUCAUGCCAUGCGCAGGAAACAGUGUCGAGAAAUGUGGUGGUAAUGCUGCAAUUACCCUCUAUCAGAAGUGUGGUGCAAAUGGAUGCGCUGCCUCUAGUGUAGCAAAAAGUGUUUCUGCUCAAUCGCAUAGUAAGAAGAGCAGUAGGGUUAUGAGGAGUUUGGGUGUUUAGACAAGAAGCGAAAUCAUAACGAUGUUGAUGUUGAAUAUCGAUAUAGAUGUGACGCAUGGAGGAAAUAAAACCAACUUACACUUCCCGUAAAUAGAUUAGACCUUUUCAAGGAGCGCACUUGCGAUGACAUUUGAAAUGGCAAAUAAAUACGAAUUAUGAGACAAAU